AUGCUCAACUUCCCCAAGCUUGCACUACUCUUCGGAGCUCUGCUCCCCGCCGCGCUGGCCGCUCCAACCCCGGCCGGCAAGCAGGUCAUUCCCGGAAAGUUCAUCGUCACCCUGAAGCAAGGUGCUUCUGCUGCUGAUGUCGCCUCCCACUUGAACCGCGUCCGUGACAUCCACGCCCGCAGCUUGAGCCGCCGCGACACCGUCGGUGUUGAGAAGACCUACGCCAUCGAGGACUUCAACGCCUACGCCGGCGAGUUCGACGACGAGACCAUUGCCGCCAUCAAGGAGGACCCUUAUGUUCUCGAGGUUGAGCAGGACCAGAUCUGGACUCUGUUCGACGAGGUCGAAGAGCCCGCUUCCAAGCGUGCUCUCGUCACUCAGACCGGCGCCACCUGGGGUCUGGGCACGGUCUCGCACCGCAACCCCGGUAGCACUUCGUACAUCUACGACAACACCGCUGGCCAGGGCACCUUCGCCUACGUUGUGGACACUGGCAUCCUGACCACCCACAACCAGUUCGGCGGCCGCGCAAGCUUCGGCUACAACGCCGUCGGUGGCAGCAACGCCGACACCCAGGGUCACGGCACCCACGUCGCUGGUACCAUCAUUGGCUCAACCUAUGGUGUUUCCAAGGCCGCCCAGGCCAUCGCGGUCAAGGUCUUCGCUGGCAGCAGCUCGUCCACCUCGAUCAUUCUGGAUGGCUUCAACUGGGCCGUCAACGACAUCAUCUCCAAGAGCCGCCAGAGCCGCGCCGUCAUCAACAUGUCCCUGGGCGGUGGCUUCUCGUCCGCUUUCAACAGCGCCGUCAACAGCGCCUACAGCUCCGGCGUCCUGUCCGCCAUCGCUGCCGGCAACUCCAACACCAACGCCGCCAACACCUCGCCUGCCUCGGCCGCCAACGCCAUCACCGUCGGCUCCAUCGACUCGUCCUGGAGGCGCUCGAGCUUUUCCAACUACGGCUCCGUCCUCGACAUCUGGGCCCCCGGCACCAGCGUCCUCUCGGCCUGGAUCGGCUCCAACUCUGCCACUAACACCAUCUCGGGUACCUCCAUGGCCACCCCUCACGUCGCUGGCCUCAUUCUGUACCUCCAGGCCCUCGAGGGUGGCAACGCUGCCGCCAUUACCUCCCGCCUUCGUGCCCUGGCCACCCCCAACCGGGUCACUGAUGUCUCUGGCAGCCCCAACUACAUUCUCUACAACGGCAACGGCGCGUAA